CAGUAAGUAUAUUAAUGCCAAAAAACAAGUUGGCAUGUGUAAGGGACAGAGCUUAAAAGACAACAAACUAUGCUACUCUAUAAUAGUCUGUUUUGGAACUGAGCCCGAACUAGUUUGCCACCCAAACCGUUGCAGGGAUUGUUCUUUGAAGUACGGCCCUAUUUUACCUGCUGAAAUGGAAACAAAAAUGAAAGCAGAGAAAAAAGGUGGUAAUGCCCUUGCUUCUCCUCUUGUGGAAACAGCCUCUUCAAAACAUUCAAGGAAGAGAAGCUUCAGUAGACCUUCUUGGCUUCUCUGCUCUAUUGCUGAUUUGGACAAGAAGAUGAAGAAGUUGAUACUGAACAUUCCUAAUAAAGACUCUGCUGACAGUUUUACUGAACGCGCUGAUGCCUAUUACCAAAAACGCCCACAGCUUCUGGCUUUACUCCAAGAGUUGUACGACAACUAUCUCUCCUUGGCAGACCGUUAUUGCCAAGCACUUGCGAAGAACCAUCAUCGUCGCAAUUCCUUUCCUAUUCAGUCCUUCCAUUUUGAUGAUAAUAAUGAUCAAUUUGACAAGGAAGAAGAGAUUAUUGAUUCUGACGCUGAAAGUUCGUUAUCAUAUCAACCUCCAUUUCCAAUUCAACCAGCACAAGCCAAAUUUGAAUCAGACAUGAUUGUUGCAGACUUGGUGAUCAGAAACGUCGACUGUGAAAUCAUGUUGCACGAGAUUACUCAAGUCGAAAAGAAAUGCAACGAGUCAUCAAGGAAGAUAGAGUUGCAGGAAAGUUUAUUGGAGUUGUUGGAAUCGGAGAGGUUGAUCUUGUUAAACGAGAACGCGAGAUUGGGAUACAAAGUGACUUCAUUGAUAGAAGAGAAUAAGGGGUUGUUUUCAGAGUCUUUGUUCAUGAAGAGGAAGGUAGCUGAGCUGGCUAGGUGCAUGUUAAAUAGGAGGGAGGAUCGUAGAGUUUGCGUUCUUAAUCGAAAAGUUGAGGAUCUUCAAGGUCAGAUAUAUGGAUUGGAGAGGAGAAAUAAGGAGUAUUAUGAGAAGCUAUUGAAGCAUGAAGAAGAGAAAAAGAACAGGGCCAAGAUUGGGAAGGAAGUUCCUAAGUUGUGGGAUAGGGUUAAAAAGCUUGAUAUCUUCCUUUGUGCACCUGAUUUCAACUCAACCUAUUGCUAAUAUUUUUUUAAAAAAAAGAGGUUGUUUCAAGAAUUCAACUUAGUUUGCUGCAUAAAAAGAAAUGCUAGCUUUAUUAGCACCUGUGCUUUGCAUCUCCUGUUUUACCUUAUUAGCAGGAUAAAUGUGACAUAUAAGCAUUUUGAGAAGCUACUA